UGAGAAUAUCAAAAGCAUAAAUCAACAGUCAGGAGCCCAUGUAGAACUUCAGCGGAAUCCACCUCCUAACACAGACCCCAGUGUGCGGAUAUUUACCAUCAGAGGCAUACCACAGCAGAUUGAACUUGCCAGACAUCUCAUAGAUGAGAAAGUUGGUGGUACCAAUAUGGGCGCACCCGGAGGCUUUGGUCAGAGUCCUUUCAACCAAGCACCUGCUACACCUCAUCAAAACACCUUUCCUCCAAGGGGCUCAGGGUGCUUUCCAAACAUUGCUGCUAAAGUGAACGGUAACCCUCACAGCAACCCUGUGAGUGGUCCUCAGGCAUUUAUGACCCAGGGCUGGGGUAACACCUACCAGACGUGGCAGACGCCUGCACCGCAAGUCCCAAGCCAGCAGAGCCAGCAGCAGAACAGCCAGCCUGGUUACAGCAAGGCCUGGGAGGACUAUUACAAAAAACAGAGCCAUGCAGCCAAUGCAGCUUCUCAGGCUAGUUCCCCACCGGACUACACAAUGGCCUGGGCGGAGUAUUACAGACAGCAAGCCGCUUACUAUGGGCAAACGUUAGGGCAAGCUCAGGCCCACAGCCAGGAGCAGUAGAACAAUGUCCUUAUGGCAGUUUUUUUUCCCUUGAAAUCAUUGUGAAAGAAAACCUUUUUGUAACAGAGGUUUCUAGAUUUGCAGCCUUUUGAUGAAGAUUUUUUUUGUUCGUUUUUGUGAAACACUAGUUGUAGAAUAAUCUAUACUGAACUUUUCUAAGAAUCAGGAAAAAUUAGUAAUAUACUAAACUUCAUGAAAAUGCUGGUAAUCUUUUGAUUUUGUUUUUUUGAGGGGGGUGUUGUUUUGUUUUAUUGUUACUUCCAAAUUUGUAAACUUUGGGGUUCUUUUUGGAACAAUGUCUGCAAAUUCCAGGUACCAAAAUAUACUCCAGAGUAGUGACAUUUCAAACAUGGGAAUUUUUUUUGUUUGGGGUUUUUUGUUUUGUUUUUGUUUUUUUCUUGGCGUGUUUCUCUUUUUCCUUUUUGAUCUUUUCUGUUGCAACAAAGUGGCUUGGAAGUCUUAGGUGUUAUGUAACAAAUCCUAAAAAAAAUUUUUAAACAGUAUUUAAAUAUUCUUAAAUAUGUAAAUGCAUUAUUAAAUGUUUUACUUCUAAUUUCUUUUAUUUUGGCUGCCUGAUUUUAUUGCAUUUUUUUAAAAAAAACUACAUUAUGUAUUGUAAUUAAUUAUGUGAAUUCUGUAUUGAAACAGUUAACUGUUUUGCUGUCAGACAGGUUGGGGGGGGCAUUUUGUAGGGUUUGUAUAAUUUCUAGAGUCUAAAGGGGUAAUAUAAAAAACAUGUAAUUUUUUUUAGCAAUACUUUUUUUCACAUGUCCAUUUUGGGUUGCAUUUGUGUAUCUAAGACCUCCAAGCUUAUUUUAAAAAAUUUUAAAAACCUUCCUCUAUGCUCUCAGAAAUAUAAAUACUGUUAUUUUUAAUAUUAAAAAUAAAUCAGCUACUAGUAACUUUAACAAACACUGUGGAACAUUAAACCAUAUAUAAGGUAGUAACUAUUUUUUAAUUCCAAAGUGUUUUUUGCUUUUUUCAUUUUUCUUUCAAAUAUUUUCAUAUCUAAUAUUUGUCAAAUUACUUAGAAAAAUAAAUGAUUCUAGUAUUAACCACAGUAUGCGCUAAAUAAUUUUGAUUUAAUAAAAGGGAUAAUAUGAUUUCUUAUGUUUAGUGUUUUCUUGUACAGAUAACUGUAUUUUUAAAAGAAAAAAAACGGAACUGAAACUAUUUUUUCUUGCAUUUUUAAUUGACCUGAGGGACAUUCCGUUUUGAAAUGUACUGAAUUUACUGUUCGGUUUUUUCUCUUUCUUUUUAUUUCCCUAUAAUGCUUGAAAUGUCUAACUAUAAAAAAAAUGCAAUUAAAUAAUGUUGAGCAUGGUGUUUAAAACAAAAUGUUCUUUUUAUUUGACUGACAGUUGCAUUUUACACUCUAUAUAAUAAAAUUUCCACAAGGCUUCUUGUGGGUGAAGUGUU